UCUUCAACAUCUUCGACUCACAUCCUCAUCGUUGCCAUCGCCGGCUGCCACGAUAUAACGCUAGAAGCCGCGUGCCUUCGAAUCCCACACACUCACCUCUGCACCGCACACACGCCCACGCCUCCUCGGUCGACUCGACGACGAAACCAUGGGCACACGUCCUGCUGGCAAGGCGGGCUCUUGGUACCCUCGCGCGCUCGACGAUCUCCAAGGCCAGCUCGAUGGAUAUCUCGCCAAGGUUCCUGAGACCGUCGACGGCUCGGCGGUGCCCAUCGCCGACGCCCGCAUCGUGAUUGCCCCGCACGCUGGCUACGACUACUCGGGAGACUGCGCGGCGUGGGCAUACAGCUGCCUGGACCUCAGCAAAGCGAAGCGCGUCUUCGUUCUCGGCCCAUCCCACAGGUACUACUUGGAGGGCUGUGCCGUCACAACUUUCGCCAAGUAUGCCACGCCAUUUGGGGACUUUACCGUGGACAGGGACACUAUCCAGCGUGUCAAGGAGGCGGGGGACAUGGCCGAUAUCCCCCGAUCCAAGGACGCCGAGGAGCAUUCGCUCGAGAUGCACCUCCCCUACCUCUGGAAGCGCUGCGACAAGGCGUUUGGCUCCCCGGACAAGUUCCCCGCCAUCGUGCCCAUUCUCAUCGGCGACAAUAGUCGCGCCGAAGAAAAGAACGUUGGCCGGGUCCUCGCCUCAUACCUCAAAGACCCCGACAACGCCUUCGUCAUUAGCUCCGACUUCUGCCACUGGGGCGACCACUUCAGCUACCAGCCAUACUCGCCCACCAACGACAUCACAAAGCUCACAAUGCUCCGCUGGCGCGACUCGACUCCCGCGGGGCCGCCGAUCCACGAGACGAUUCGCCUGCUUGAUGAGGCCGCCAUGGACGCGGUCAAGAGCGGCAAGCACGACGCCUUUGUCGACAAUCUUCGCCUGACAGGCAAUACCGUGUGUGGCAGACAUCCGAUCGGCGUCGCGAUGGCGGCCCUGGAACUCAUUGCAAAGGAGACCGGCGACAGUAACAAAUACCGCUUCAAGGUUGUGCGGUACGACCGGAGCAGCUUGGUAACGAGCGCCAACGAUUCCAGCGUCAGCUACGUGUCGGCAUAUGCCGUACUGUAGCGAUGGUGCGGCGCACGCGGUGGGCAUUCGGGGCGAGUGAGUGACAUGGAGUUGGUCUCCAACGUGCCCUGCUUGCUAUCCGGGCGGGUGCGGGCGGCCCAAGUGGCUUUGUUACUUUCGUGAAUGAAUGCAAACCAUCUUUCUUCAGCACUCUGCGGCGCUGAUGAGAAGGCGGUGGUUGGUUGGCCCGACGCGGAGCCGGCGCCGGGUCGCGUACAUUGAUCCGUUCAGCUUGGUGCGAUGCCAGCACUAACCUUUCGGGCCCAUGUUUGCCCCCCUACACCAGGUGCUUCAAACCUACUGCAGCACACCGGGCAAAACGCAAAGGCAGAUUCGACCGUGCUGACCAAAGCUGACGCGCCGUGUGCAAUCAGCCUCGCUCGGGCUGACAUUGGUAGCGCCGGAUGGUGCGUGCGAAACGGAGCACCCAACACCAUCACUGUUUGCCAGCCACGCGUAGAUGGAGGAGUGCAGUGCCACGCGGACGACCUUGGGCAUGCAAAGGAGAUUCCACUGUCUCUGAUGCCCUCGAGCGCGAGGCAAAUCCAGACGCGACCCGGUCUCGUGCCCGGCGGUAGGGGGGGCACGCUGACCGGCGUCAAAAGGGGCAUCGCAACGGUGGCCGAAGACUACCAGGCUAGCAUUCUGGACGUCCAAUCUGGCACAUGAAACCUGACCGUUCUCGAGGAGAGCGGGUGGACGCCAUGGACGCCUCCCUGCCCCGCCAUACUAGGUAUUAGCCUCCUGCACCCGACCCGACGCCUGGCUCAGCCUGAGCGAGAGAUCAUGGCGAGUCCCACCCGCAUUGCACCGCUGCUGCCCAUGUCGUUACAAGUGUUGGGUGGCCAAACGAGCCCACGCGGCCAGGGUCGAAUCACAAAGUCAGGGUGCGGCUGGUCUGCGGCGCAAGCGCCUCGCUUUGACUCGUAACUCACUCACACACGAGGGCCCUGGUGCUCGAUGCGGUCGUCGUCGCCUCGGAGUGAUCUUUGCAAGCGCGUGUCACCACCGUGCUACAGAGAUGAAAUCAAAAAUAAAUAAGUACGUAGAGUCGGGCUUGUUUGAACGAGGCGCCUGGGAGGAAUGAAAGAUUGCAGUGAAUGACGUUUGCCCUUUCGCUGCAAUGCAAUGAAAAACACGGGAUUUGCGGUCGCUUGGGCUGUGUAAACCGAGUUCAGUCGCACAGUGCUCCUUCUCGCCGCCAGGCAGUGUUCGCCCAGUACUGAGCC